UCAUUAGAACUCCAUAUCCCAGGAACACCCGCAGGAGAUCAACAAUUCCGUUUGCGCGAAAACGCAAUUUUAUAAAAUCAAUGUCCUCCCCAAUUGGAGCAAAUGAUGAAGAUGAGGUGGAGUUUGUGUCAGAGGCUCCACUCAGACCUGUACUGGAAUGUAUUGAUUUACUGAGUGAUGGGGAAGACGAUGGAAGUUUACCCACAGCCGAGACAAUUGAAGAUGAGAUUGAGCGACAGAAAGCUCAGGUCACCUCCACUUUGGACAGAUUAGCUCGCCAAGUGGCUGUGGCGAAAAAGGAAAGAGCAGAGAAGUGUGAAGCCUUCAAGGAGAAGCAAAUCUCACAAAAGGCUCAUGGACGGCAGGAGCUGGCAUUUAGUCCCAAUGGUAACGCAUAUGACGCCAAGCGCUGUGUGGAUAUGUGGUUAAAGAUGCCAGGUGUCAAUACUGGAGCUAGCUGGAGACGCAGACAGGUCCCCUUUCCCACCGGUAGCUCAUCCACACAUACCUGUCCAGUGAUCAACUGUGGUCGGGUUUAUGACAACGUACCUCUCCUAGAAGGUCACUUGAAAAGGUUUGACCACUCUCCUUGUGACCCAACCAUCUACCUGAAAGGAAGCCCAACCGAGCUGUUUGCUUGCGUUGCUUGUGGUCUUAAUUUUGAAACCAAAGAAGCUUGGAAGGUGCAUCAGCAGUCAAAGCUGUCCUCCCCUGAUGAAGACCAUGACCACACUCAGACCUGCCAGCCGAUCGUGUGCUUCGCCUGCCCUGCCUGCUAUCUCCUCUUUUACAUCAGGGACGAGUGCCUCCAGCAUAUGUCGGCCAAAAACCACUUCUCUCAGUCCAUCAUCAUGAGUGAAACUAAAGGGACAGCAUUGCCAGUUCCCUUCCCACGAUAUGCAAAGAAUCGUCUCAUUGCUUUGUGUAAGGAAGUUUCAUUCAGCGUGAGAUGUACGACGUGCCAGAAGGGGCUUAACUCACACAUGGAAGCACAGGCCCACUUCAAUGUGCAGUGCAGACAGGGCGCUGCCAGGGCUGAGGCAGAGAAAACAGUGGUGCAGGUCAUGAAACAACUACAAGUGCUGGGCCAGUGCGCUGUGUGUUGCAAACUGUUCCUCCACCAAGGUGAUGUUGAGAGGCAUAAAGAAUUGAGUCAGCACAAUACUGAGGUCAACUGCACCAUGGAAAAGGCAAUUCUGCACUACAGCAAUUUCUAUGAAAUCCAACACGCCAAGAGGGCUGCAGCGACGUCACGGCCCAAACAGUCAAAAGGUCCUGUAACCCCCUCUCAGAAGAGGGACAAGGAGAGAGGUGAUUCUGUUGGAUCCCCAGCCAAGCGCCAGAGACGCGGGGGAGCUUUGAAUGGCAGCGCUGGGCCCUCAAGGAGUUGCUUGAUAGUCGCGUGGUUUUGUGAGUGUGGUCAGCGCUUUUCAGAGGAGGCCAUGGCCAGCAAGCACCUUUUCGCUGCCAAUCAGAUCUUCCAUCAAUGUGGCGUGUGUGGAAAGCAUAUGGGAGAGUCGUCCAUCACUCGCCUGCACAUGAGCCGUUUUCACGGCGGUGCCCACCUCUCAAACUUCCUCUUCCACUGCCGGCUGUGCAAGGUUGACAUGCCGCGUCACGAGGACAUCCUGUUGCAUGUGUCAGAGGCCCACAGUGGACACACUUACUUCAGGGAGAGAGCGGUAUCGGACGAGGAGCCUGCUCCCAUUCCCUAUGCCAAACCCUCCACCAGUGGCAGACCCAGACCAAGCGCCCUCACUGAUGUCAGGACUAGAACUACAACUCCCACAUCUCCUCCCAAACAGGACGAGAGGUGGAUUUGCAGGAUGUGUGAGGACAUCUUUAACUCGGAGCAAGCUGUGCACAAGCACUGCAGAGAUGUGAGCAACCACAGUUUCCAGAGGUUUGCCUGUGGCCACUGCCCACAGAAGUACUUCAAGGAGGCCACAGUACGCAGGCACUGUGUGAACGAGCACAGCAACCAAAUAGUGACGCGGUACUUCUGCGGGCUCUGUGACAGCAUGGAGUAUGACACUGAGGGGGAGUUCCAAGAGCACUAUAGGGGCCUUCACAGUAAGGACUACUACCGCAUGGGUGAGCCUGAGGUUGAUAGACCCACUGAGGCCGAAAACUACAACUCCAGUCCAUUGGCAACAGCCAGUGAAAGGCAUGAAUGUCUGUGUCCAUGCAUGUCAUCAGAAAAGGACAAAGAUGAAAGGAAGGCUACCUUCACACGAUGCAUGAAGCGGCUAUCCAGUGAAGAUGAAUGCAGCUACGUGUGUGCACCAUGCGAUGUCCAGGUGUCCUCCUUUGCCCAGAUAAAGACUCAUGUCCACUCUCAACACAACGCCUUGGGGCUAGAGAAUACCUUUGACGUGGUGUGUGGAUCCUGUCAGGAGAGUCAUAAGGACGUUCCCAGUUUCCAUAACCACUACCACUCCCAGCACUGCCCUCUGGAGCCUUGCUUGAGCUCCAGGGAUGGAGGUGAGAGUCAUACGGGGAAGGCAGCAGCUUCCUCUGCUGUCAAGACACUGGUUGCUGUGGAGAUCAAACCAGAAGUGAAUGAGGAGGAGUUUGAAGAUGUGAAACAUGCCAUUGCUAUGAACUUGGAUGAGGUCAGAGAUGACACUGAAGCUCAUGGAGAUGAAUCUGAUGAGGAGAUGAAGCGUGCCUUGGCUUUAAGUGUGGAAGAAGCAAGAGAGCCAACUGACUUUGAUAUUGAGAUAGAGGAAGCGCUCAAAAGAAGCCUUCUGGAAUACUGAUCAGUGUAUGUUAUUUUCUGAGAACCUGUCAUUAAUUUGGUUUAUGGCAAUUUAUGUUUUUAGUUUUAUGUGUAACACAUAUCAGCUACUUUCAACAACACUUCAAGACAGGGUUGUACUGAUGUGAUUACACAGUAAUAACUGUAACAACAUUAUUGGUGAACUAUAAAGAUUGAGGCAUACCAUGUAUGCAUCUUUAUCACAUGUUCAGAGCUUUUUAUUUAAUUUAAUAAAGAUGUUCAUUAUUUUC